AUGGGGCAGGCGUGCGGCCACUCCAUCCUGUGCCGGAGCCAGCAGUGCCCGGCGCGGCCCGGGGAGCCCGAGCCGCGGGGCCAGCAGGUCUUCCUGAAGCCGGACGAGGAGCCGCCACCACCGCAGCAGCAGCGGCAGCAGCCUUGCGCCGACACCCUGCAGGAAGCCCUGCUGAGUUUGGGCUCUGUUAUUGAUGCCUCCAGUCUUCACGAUGUCGUCAAAGAAGCCAUCUCUGCUGUGCUCCCCAAAGUGGAAACCAUCUACACUUACCUGCUUGAUGGAGAAUCCCGGCUAGUGUGUGCAGACCCCCCACAUGAUCUACCCCAGGAGGGGAAAGUCCGAGAUGCUGUCCAGGCCUGGGAGAGGCUGAGCUGCAGUGGGCUGGGCCCCUCAGACUUGCCAGAGAAAGCAUUGGCAGGGCUCACUGCCCCAUUGGCUGCUGACAGACAAGUUAGAGACAUAAACACAGACCACAGUAACUUCUGGGUCACCAAGUGUCAGAGAUUGGCAGGCAAGAUCGUACACUGUGCUCAACUUAGUGAGGGCGAUGAACAGAGCCUGCAGGCCAUAGAGAAGCACACUCUAGUAGCCUUAAAGAGGCUGAGGACCCUACAGCAGCGUCAACCUCACUCCCGGCCAGUGCCAGAACCCUCUUCUCCACCCACCUCUCUGGCCCGGCCUGAUGGAGCAGUGUCUAUUGGGACAGGUGGCUACAGCGAUCUGGACAGCCGAAUUCUGCAACUGUGUGGGGAACUCUAUGAUUUGGAUGCCUCUUCUCUUCAGCUCAAAGUACUCCAUUAUUUGCAGCAGGAGACUGAGUCCUCAACCUGCUGCCUCCUCCUUGUUUCAGAGGAUAACCUUCAGCUCUCCUGCCAGGUCAUCGGAGACAAAAUACUUGGAGAAGAAGUCAGUUUUCCAAUGACUGUGGGGCGCCUGGGCCAGGUGGUGAAGAACAAGGAAUCCAUCACACUGAAGGACCUCACUACAGAAGAGGUGACACAGCUGCAGAGCCUUGUGGGAUGUGAGCUGCACUCCAUGCUCUGUGUCCCUGUCAUCAGUCGGGCUACAAAUCAGGUGGUAGCCUUAGCCUGCACCUUCAACAAGCAGAGUGGAGAGACGUACACAGACUGGGACGAACACAAGAUACUCCAUUGCUUCUGCUACACAGCUACUGUCCUUACCAGCACCUUGGCCUUCCAGAAAGAACAGAAGCUCAAGUGUGAGUGCCAGGCUCUUCUCCAAGUGGCCAAAAACCUCUUCACACACUUGGAUGAUGUCUCUGUCCUGCUCCAAGAAAUCAUCACCGAAGCCCGGAACCUCAGCAAUGCAGAGAUCUGCUCCGUGUUCCUGCUGGAUCAGAAUGAACUGGUGGCCAAGGUGUUUGAUGGCGGUGUUGUAGAUGAUGAGACCUAUGAGAUACGCAUCCCAGCUGACCAAGGGAUUGCAGGUCAUGUGGCCACCACAGGCCAGAUCCUGAACAUCCCAGACGCCUAUGCACACCCCUUGUUCUACCGAGGUGUUGAUGACAGCACAGGCUUCCGCACCCGCAACAUACUCUGCUUCCCUAUCAAGAACGAAAACCAAGAGGUGAUCGGUGUGGCUGAGCUGGUGAACAAGAUCAAUGGCCCUUGGUUCAGCAAGUUUGAUGAGGACCUGGCCACAGCCUUUUCCAUCUACUGUGGCAUCAGCAUUGCUCACUCUCUCCUGUACAAGAAAGUGAAUGAAGCCCAGUAUCGGAGCCACUUGGCCAAUGAGAUGAUGAUGUAUCAUAUGAAGGUGUCAGAUGAUGAGUACAACAAACUUCUUGGUGAUGGGAUCCAGCCUGUCUCAGCCAUUGACUCCAACUUUGCCAGUUUCACCUAUACCCCGCGCUCUCUCCCUGAGGAUGACACCUCCAUGGCCAUCUUGAGUAUGCUGCAGGACAUGAACUUCAUCAACAGUUACAAGAUUGACCGACAGACACUGGUCCGGUUCUGCCUGAUGGUGAAGAAAGGUUAUCGAGACCCUCCCUAUCAUAACUGGAUGCACGCCUUCUCAGUCUCCCACUUUUGCUAUCUGCUCUAUAAGAACCUGGAGCUGUCCAAAUAUCUAGAUGACAUUGAGAUCUUCGCCUUGUUCGUCUCCUGCAUGUGCCAUGACCUGGACCACAGAGGCACCAACAAUUCCUUCCAAGUGGCUUCGAAAUCUGUGCUCGCCGCAUUGUACAGCUCUGAAGGCUCUGUCAUGGAGAGACACCACUUUGCUCAGGCGAUUGCCAUCCUCAACACCCAAGGUUGCAACAUCUUUGAUCACUUCUCCCGGAAGGACUACCAGAGGAUGCUGGAUCUGAUGAGAGACAUUAUCUUGGCCACUGACCUAGCUCACCACCUUCGUAUCUUCAAAGAUCUUCAGAAGAUGGCUGAAGUGGGCUAUGACCCAAAGAAUAAACAACACCACAGCCUCCUACUCUGCCUGCUCAUGACCUCUUGUGACCUCUCUGACCAGACUAAGGGCUGGAAGACCACUCGGAAGAUCGCGGAGCUGAUCUACAAAGAGUUCUUCUCACAGGGAGACCUGGAGAAAGCUAUGGGUAACCGGCCAAUGGAGAUGAUGGACCGAGAGAAGGCUUACAUCCCUGAGCUCCAGAUCAGCUUCAUGGAGCACAUUGCCAUGCCAAUCUACAAGUUGCUGCAAGAGUUGUUCCCGAAAGCUGCAGAACUGUACGAGCGGGUUGCCACCAACCGGGAACAAUGGACCAAGGUGUCACAUAAGUUCACCAUCCGAGGCCUGCCCAGCAACAAUUCCCUGGACUUCCUUGAUGAGGAAUAUGAUAUUCAGGAGCCGUGUGAUGAUGGUGACAAGGUCAAUGGGUGCUGUAAGCUGGACACAGAGGAAUGAGAGACUCUUCUCCUUCCCUCUGGGGGAAGGGAAGGGAAGAACAAGAGAAAGGACAUUCCCCCAUCACCCCCACCCCUUCACUCCCCAACCCAGAGACCCCUUUUUAAAAUUUGUCCUUAGCUUCUGACUUGGGUGGUCAUGUUUAUUUAAAAUAUUCCAGAUGCCAUUCUCCUCUUCCACCUCCCCUCAGCCAGGAACUGAGGGAGCCUUGAGGGUGACAUGGCAUCAGCCCUUGCUACCCCUCUUUUGGGAAGCCUUGGAUCCUGUUUUUUUCCUCUAACUGGAUCUCUGUAAUACCCUCUUUCCCCAGAUUUUCACACAUAGUUCCCCUUAUUCCUUCGGGCAGCCUGGGUGAUUUCUUUCAUGUUACCCCCAAUUAACUCUGGCUUUUUUUGGCUAGGAGCACCUUCUGGAUCUUUGGGGAUCUGAGAGAGAGGCCUAUGAAUCUGGACCUUCUGAGGGUUGAGUGAGCCAUGAUGGAGGAGUGAGGAGAAGGGAGAAGAAGAGAAAGGAAUUAAGUUUAUUAUUGUUUUGGAAGGUGACAGUUAGGUCAGAAGGACAGAGCAGGCUUUCCAGUCUAACUCCCUCAUUUUAUAGAAGAUGAGCCUGAGGUUCAGAAUGGGGAAGGGAUUUGUCCAAAGUCAUCAAGGUAGUUAAGUGGCAGAAUUGGGAUUUUGAACCCAUGCCUUCUGACUCACAAGCACAGCAUCUUUCCACAGUACCAUGAUUUGUCCCAUAUGUGGGGUAAGAUGAGCAUAAGUGAUAUAACCCGGCUUUCUUCAGUGUUCUAAAGUUACAGAGCACUUUCUGCACCACCACUCUAUGAAGCUGGUAGUGCAAAUAGGAUUAUCGCUAUCUUAUAGAUGAAGAGACUGAGGCUUAUCUAGUGACCUGCCUAGUGCUCCUUAGCUGGUAAAUUCUGGAGGGAGGCUCUGAACCCAGAUGUCUCCUGAUUCUGAGGCCAUUGCUCAUUCCAGGGCACCACACUCCCUCUUACGAAAGACAGGGAAUUGGGUUUCACCUGUUCUGAACAAUGUCUCCUUUUGCACCUCUGAUGCUGCUCUCAUGAAGCAGCAUUCUGAAUUUCUUCCCCACCUCAGAGUUCAAGGGAGAAGUGAAGCCAUUCCCCAAAAGGAGGUCAAUCCCUCCUCUCACCAUCCAGCUCAAGGUUAGAGAGCAGAGCAGGCCUGUUCCCCUCCACUGCUCAGGAGAAAACAAGGGAGCUAAUUUAUCAUGGCUAAGAGUACAGUGGAGGAUUGAACGUCCUCCUUCUCCUCCUGGCUCCCUCACCAAAGGGUUUCAGGCUGGGCAGUGGCCAGAGAUCCAGUGUGAUUUAUAGUAGUGGGAAAACCAUUGAAUGAGGAGUGAAGUGCUCCAGGUUCUGGGAUGGAAUCUGCCUCUGACUGGCUGUGCAGCCAUGCUCUCUCUGGGUGUCAUUUAGAGAUCAACGUUUCUUUAUCUAUAAAAUGGGAUAGUGGUGGCUGGGAUGAAGGUUGGACUUGGUAGUAUCUAAGGUUAUAUCCGCACUUCUGUGACUUUGUGGAGGCCCAGGAGGGAGGCCUCAUCACACUUGGACAACUUUCUAGAGAUAGCUGCUUGCCCGAGUGGAUCCCAGGGAUCAGGGCACAUCCCCAUCAUACCAGGAGUUAUUAGAUAUCUAAGUAUAGGCCCUGGCCAGAGAACAGGAGCCCCGAAUCCUCUGUCCUUCUCCACCCUCAUCCCCCAGAAAAAUCAUUAGCUUCUCAGGCCUGGGAUCUCCAUCCCUUUCUUGCAGCCAUCCAGAGAGAGGGACCCAGUCCUUGAGCCCCUCUGGGCUUUGCUGCAUAUCUGUGGCUUCAGCCACAGCUGGGACUGGACUCUUCUCUAUCCUGAAGGCCAUAUACUCUCCCUUCCCUUCUCCCCCUCUGGCCACUGCCCAAGGACCUGGGGAGAUGCCAUAGGAAACAAGGACCGGGCACUCCCCUCCUUAUCCCUGUUCCUCUCUUUUUUCUGUCUUGUCUCUGUCAAGUGUCUCUGAGUGGGUGUUGUUCCGGCUGGGGGCAGA